CCUCUUUCCCUUGCUCCCCAAGCCUCCUUCUUUUUCGGGGGGCCACCCUAGCUAGCUGAGCUAGCUAGUCCCCCUCCUGACUCUCCUUCCUCGCCAUCUCCGCCGCUGUCACCAACCCCGAGGAGGGAUGACCCUCUCCGGCGGCGGCAGCGCCAGCGACAUGUCCGGCCAGACGGUGCUGACGGCCGAAGACGUGGACAUCGAUGUGGUGGGCGAAGGCGACGACGGGCUGGAGGACAAGGACAGCGACGUCGGCGGCUGCUGUGACAGCCCCGCCGGGCCCCCCGAGCUGCGCCUGGACGAGGCGGACGAGGUGACACCGGUGGUCCCGCACCACGGCCAGCAAUCGCACCAGCAACCGCUGGCGCUGGCCAAGGAAGCGGCCGGCACGGGGCAGGGCCUGCUGGAGACGGGCGGGCCCGAAGCCGACGGCUGCAAAGGCGCCGGCGAGGAGGGCGGCGGCAGCACCGGUGGCACGGGUGGCGGUGGCGGCGGCACGGGCACCGGGGCAGCGGCAGCAGCGGGCGGCCUGGCCCCCAGCAAGCCCAAGAACAGCCUGGUGAAGCCCCCUUACUCCUACAUCGCGCUCAUCACCAUGGCCAUCCUGCAGAGCCCGCAGAAGAAGCUGACCCUCAGCGGCAUCUGCGAGUUCAUCUCCAACCGCUUCCCCUAUUACCGGGAGAAGUUCCCCGCCUGGCAGAACAGCAUUCGGCACAACCUGUCGCUCAACGACUGCUUCGUCAAGAUCCCCCGCGAGCCGGGCAACCCGGGCAAGGGCAACUACUGGACCCUGGACCCGCAGUCCGAGGACAUGUUCGACAACGGCAGCUUCUUGCGGCGCCGCAAGCGCUUCAAGCGUCACCAGCAGGAGCAUCUGCGGGAGCAGACGGCGCUCAUGAUGCAGAGCUUCGGGGCCUACAGCCUGGCCGCGGCGGCGGGCGCGGCGGGGCCCUACGGUCGCCCCUACGGCCUGCACCCCGCGGCCGCAGCGGCGGCGGCCGGCGGCUACUCGCAUCCCGCGGCGGCGGCGGCUGCAGCGGCGGCUGCAGCGGCGCUCCAGUAUCCGUACGCGCUGCCACCCGUGGCCCCGGUGCUGCCCCCCGCCGUGCCGCUGCUGCCCUCGGGCGAGCUGGGCCGCAAGGCCGCCGCUUUCGGCUCGCAGCUCGGGCCCGGCCUGCAGUUGCAGCUUAAUAGCUUGGGAGCGGCGGCUGCGGCGGCAGCGGCGGCGACGGGCCCGGCGGGCCCGGCGGGUUCCACGGCGUCGCUCAUCAAGUCGGAACCGAGCGCACGGCCGUCGUUCAGCAUCGAGAACAUCAUCGGAGGCGGCCCCGCGGCCCCCGGGGGCUCGGCGGCUGGUGGUGGGGUCCCGGCGGGCGGUGCUGCCGGAGCUGGAGGCGGCGGCGGCGGGGGCACGGCGCAAUCGUUCCUGCGGCCACCCGGGACCGUGCAAUCGGCGGCGCUCAUGGCCACGCACCAGCCGCUGUCGCUGAGCCGGACGACGGCCACCAUCGCGCCCAUCCUGAGCGUGCCGCUCUCCGGACAGUUCUUGCAGCCCGCAGCCUCCGCAGCCGCUGCAGCCGCGGCCGCCGCGCAAGCCAAGUGGCCCGCGCAAUAG